AUGACAAACACCACAACCUCCCCGGCAAGAGCCUGGCUCCGGCACCUCCCCAAGGCCGAGCUCCACCUCCACCUCGAAGGCACAGUGACGCCCGAGACGCUCGUGGUGCUCUCCCAGCGCCACGACGCCACGCCCCUGACACUCGCCCAGGCCCGCGCACUCUACACGUACAAGGACUUCCGGCACUUCCUGCGCACCUUCAGGCUGGUGUGCGACCGGCUGCAGACGCCCGACGACUACGCCCUCGUGGCGGCGGAGAUGAUGCGCGACCUGCGCGCGCAGGGCGUCGCACAUGCCGAGGUCUUCAUAUCGUGGGGCAACAUCCUGCACUGGAAGCCGGCGCUGCGCGUCGAGGAUGUCAUGGCGGCGGUCGAGGGCGCGCGGCUCAAGGCCGAGGCCGAGUCCGGCGGCGAGUUCUCGCUGCUGUGGAUCGCCGACGCGGUGCGGCAGUGGGGUGCAGAGCAUGUCGGCAAGGUGUUCCGGCUCGCGGCGCGACUGAGACAGCGGUUCCCUAGUAUUGUGGGCGUGGGCAUCGGGGGCGAUGAGGUCGCUGGGCCGUCAGGGCAGUUCCGUGAGGUGUAUGCUGAGGCUAAGCGGGCGGGAUUGAGGCUCACGGCUCAUGCUGGGGAGGCCAGUGGACCUGUGAAGGGACCGCUGGAGAUCCGGGCCGCGCUGGAAAUUGGCGCAGAGAGGAUCGGGCAUGGGCUUGAUGCGCAGCAUGACGAGGGUCUUGUGGACGAGUUGGCGGAUAGUCAGACACCCAUCGAGAUCAACAUCACCUCAAACAUUCUGACUGGCGGGAUUGGCUCGGUGGAAGAGCAUCCGCUGCCGAAGUAUCUGGAUAAGGGGAUCAUGUGUAUGCUGAACUCAGAUGAUCCUGCCAUGUUUGGUUCAUGGUGUCUCGAUGAGUACGUGCUGGUUCACGAGCGGCUUGGAUUGGAUCUAGAGAAGAUGAGACGAUUGGCAAGGAAUUCUAUCUUGUCAAGUUUCCUGGAAGAGGAGAGGAAAAGGGAACUCUGCCGGAAGAUUAAGGAGUUCCCCCUUCCGUAG